AUGCGUUUCAGCACUUCUGCCAUCAUCGCUGCCUCCCUCUCUCUGGCUGCCGCCGAGCGAAUGGGUCCCCUCCGCACUCGCGCCUCCAGCAGCUUCCCCAUCCCUGCCAGCCAGGGCUCCGUCACCUACGACGACGCCAAGUCCAUCUCAGGCACCUUCGACGGUGGUUACAAGACCUACGGCCGUGGUGUCGAAUGUGGCGGUCAAGCCGAGGGUCAGAAUGGUGACGCCGUCUUCGUCCUCGAGGAUGGCGCUACCCUCAAGAACGCCAUCAUUGGCAAGGACCAGAGCGAGGGUGUCCACUGUCUCGGUGCCUGCACCAUUGAAAAUGUGUGGUGGGACGCUGUUUGCGAGGAUGCGCUUACAUUCAAGGGUGAUGGUAAUGGCAAGGUUAUCGGUGGUGGUGCUCGUGAUGCCGAUGAUAAGGUGAUCCAGCACAAUGGUGUUGGUUCCAUCUCUAUCGAUGGCUUUACUGUUGAGAACUUUGGCAAGCUUUACCGCUCUUGUGGUAACUGCAAGCAGAACGGUGAUGCUCGUGAGGUCACUAUCAGCAACGUCAAGGCCACCAACGGCAAGUACCUCGUUGGCAUCAACUCCAACUAUGGAGACACUGCCACAAUCACCAAGACUUGUGCCACUUCCGUCAAGCACAUCUGCCAGGAGUACAAGGGCACUAACAACAAUGACGAGGAGCCUUCCACUGGCUCUGAGGGUCCCUCCGACGCCUGUAUCUACCAGGAGUCUGACGUCUCCGUCUGCUAG